AAGUUAUGACGAAUCAUUUCGUUUAUCCUGCAUAAAUAUGUUACAAGUUACAAUUUCAGAAAACACAUUUUGGUCUUUGACUUCAGAAUAACAUAUGUUUGGGUUUAAUUUAAUACUAUUUUCAACUUCACAAAAAGCUUAAAUUUGAAUUACAGAAAUUAUGAAUUAUACAGAAACAAACAAUGUAAUAUGCAGAAUAUGUUUGAAGAUAAAACCUUCUGAAUCUUGUGAAAAGCUUGAAGGAAUAACCAGUGAAAUAGUAGAAAUUCUGAAUUUGAAAUUGAUAUGCUUCACUGAACCAAUGUUAUGUAAUGAAUGCCGUGAUCGCCUAGAAAAUGCAUUCAAGUUCAAAUCAAAAUAUACUGACACAGAAGAUGUUUUAUUUCCAUACACGAAUUCUGAGACAAAUGAAAUUUUGGACCUACAAAAAAUAUACUUUGCAGUAAAAGGAGGAGCAGAUCAUCUCCACAAGGAAUUGAGAGUAUGUCGCUUGUGUUUGGAAUUAGCUGAUAAUUAUGUAGAAUUAAGAAAUACUUCGAUUGAAAAAACAACUUUGGAAGAACUUUUCAAAGAAUAUCUUCCUGAAAUGAAGUCUAAUAUUACUGCCGAUCCCAUCAUUUGUGCAAUAUGCUAUGAUGAUUUCAAGGAAUUCAUCAAUUUCAUGAAAGAUUAUUCAACAAAUGAAGAAAAAUUGAUGAGCUUUUGUGGACCAAGGAAUAACGUUGAAGGGUGUGAUGAGUCUUUCACAUUCAUAUUGUCUCCAAAUGAUAGUAGUUUGAAAUUAAAUGAAAAUUGGGAGCUACCCAAUGUCAGCAUUCAGCCGGUGCCUAGAAGUGGAGAAACUGAUGUUAGAGAAAAUAGUCAAAAGUCAAAAGAAGAAAUCGAGCAUCCUAAUCUAUUGAACUUCAAAUGUGAAGAAUGUUCGUUCAAGACAAAAUGUAAAUAUCGAUUAAAAAGGCACAUGAUUGUUCAUAUUGAUCCAUCAAAGGAGAAGCUGUUCAAGUGUCAGGAAUGCCCGAUGGAAACGAAUCAUAAGUAUUUAUUUCGCCAACAUAUUAAAAAGAAUCAUUCUGAUGCCGGGCGUACUAAAAAAUGGAAAUGUCCUGAUUGCUCUUAUAAAACUAAUACUAAAGGAGAUUUUGACCGACAUAUAUUAAGACACAAAGAUCCUAAUGAACUGGAGAAAAUCAAGUGCGAGAAGUGUUCUUAUGAAACAUAUAGCAAGCAGUACAUGAAAAAUCAUUCAAGAGUUCACAUGGACCGUUCCAAGAGUACACUUUUUUAUUGCGGAAGUUGCGGAUAUAAAUCAAUUUACAAAGAUAAAGUCAUUCGACAUGAGGCACUUCAUAAGGAUAUCAGUGAAGUGGAAACAUUCAAUUGUGACUUAUGUGAAUAUAAAGCGAGAGAUAAACACAGUUUGAAAUUGCACAGUAUAAUUCAUAACGAUUCUCCAGAGUUAUUACAGUGUAACCUUUGUUCAUUCAAAAAUAUACGCAAGCAAUCCUUGAGAUUACAUAUCCAACAGAAACACCUAAGUUCAACCAAAACAGAAGAGUUUAAGUGUCACUUGUGUGACAAGUCUUUCAAAUUGAAAACCUAUCUGCAAUCACACAUAAGACGUCACAAGUUAUCAGAGAUUCAGUGUAGUUUAUGUACUUACAAGACAAACUUGCCCGGCAACCUGACAGCGCAUAUGAAGCGCAUUCACGAUGAAAAUCCGCAGAUGUUUGAAUGUGCAGAGUGCGAUUUCAAAACAAAAGUGAAAGGUUCUCUAAAAAAUCACGUGAAGACUCAUAGAAGUAUUUCUCAACUUGAAUCAUACAAAUGUACAAUAUGUUCAUUCGAGACCAAAUACAAUUCCUGCUUAAUUAAUCAUGUGAAAACUCACAGUAAGAAAAAAAAAAUGGCAAGAGUGAUAGGUGGGAAUAACAAAAAAAUAUCUGCAAAGCAGUGGCGUAGCGUGGAUAUCGGCUGCCCGGGGCGGAAGACAACUUUGCCGCCCUCUUGAUUAGGUAUAAUACUUUUGUGCCAUCAUUUUUUCCAAUCCUCGAAGCAGUUCUGAUAUUCACUUUUUGGAACAGGAAAAAGUCGCAGGGGACAAAUCUGGUGAAUACGGUGGCUGAGGCUUGAUUACUGUGCUGUUUUAGGCCAAAAAAUUACGAACAAGCAAUGACGAGCAGGUGUAAGAAGAAGAUAAACCUAGUGGUUUUUUUGGUGUCCCACCGUCAUUAAUAGUAUAACCACAAUUACUUAUAGUAAAGAAAAACCAAUAAAUAAUAGUUUAAAAAACUAAAAAUACAGGAUUUAAUAGCAACACAAACUGAAAUAAUUAAAACUAA